CAUCGAAUCACUUCUCAAAGGCCCCACCUUGCAACACCCUCACCUUGAAGGGUAGGACCUCAGUUUUGAGUUGUGAAGGAACAAAGAUCAUCCAUCUCAAAAAUGAAGGCAUGAUACUGGGUGUCAUGAUACGGUUUUGUACCUCGAAGGGGGUAAUGGCCCAUCGCUUACAGCAAUGUGGUGACCUGCUGAGAGAGCUUGUCAUUAUGACCCAGAAGCAGUUCCCAAAUGGUGACAUUUGGGAAAUCAUGCAGGAUGAAGGGAAGUGGCCCCUGGCCUCCACAGCUGACCACAUGAGGGUGGUAUCUGGCCUCUUACUUUCUGUGCUUCUUGCAAAGGUGUGGCUGGUGACCAGUUUUAACAUCAGCUCCCAUUCCCCAGAGGCUCAAGCAGAGUUGGGGUCUCGGGAUCAUCAGAAUCAUACUUGGGAGGAGGACACAUGGACUGUCCCCAGUGAUGAGGAGGAGGAGGAAAACUGGCUGAGGGUCAGCCAGCAGCAGCUCUCCAAUGACACUUCAAACUUUGGGUUCAGCCUGCUUCGAAAGAUUUCCUUGAGGCAUGACAGCAAUGUGAUCUUCUCACCAUUUGGCCUGUCUGUGGUCAUGGUAAACUUGAUGCUGGGGGCCAAGGGAGAGACCAAGGUCCAGAUGGAGAAUGGACUCAACCUACAAGCCCUGAGUCAGGCAGGACCCUUGAUCCUCCCCUGCCUCUUCAAGAGGCUAAGACAGAGCUUCUCCAGCAAGCAGGAGCUGGGCCUUACCCAGGGUAGCAUUGCCUUUAUUCACAAGGACUUUGAUAUUAAAGAGACCUACCUCAAUCUAUCCAAGAAGUAUUUUGAUACAGAGUGUGUACAUACAAAUUUUCGAAAUUCCUCUCAAGCCAGAGAGCUCAUGAACUACUACAUUAACAAAGAGACUCGGGGGAAAAUUCCCAAGCUCUUUGAUGAGAUUAAUCCCGAAACAAAGUUGAUUCUGGUGGACUACAUCUUGUUCAAAGGGACAUGGCUGACUCCAUUUGACCCCAUCUUCACUGAGGCUGACACUUUCCAUCUGGACAAUUACAAAGCAGUCAAGGUGCCCAUGAUGUAUGUGGAAGGUAACUUUGCCUCCACCUUUGAUAAGAAGUUUCGUUGUCACAUCCUCAAACUGCCCUACCAAGGAAAUGCCACCAUGCUAGUGGUCCUCAUGGAGAAAACAGGUGACCACUUGGCUCUGGAGGACUACCUGACCAUAGAUCUCGUGGAGACAUGGCUCCAGAAUAUGAAAACCAGAAAAAUGGAGGUCUUCUUUCCCAAGUUCAAGCUGAACCAGAGGUAUGAGAUGCAUGAGCUACUCAAGCAGAUGGGAAUCAGAAGAAUCUUCUCCACCUCGGCUGAUCUCGGCCAACUCUCAGCUGUGGCAAGAAAUCUUCAGGUGUCCAAGGUUUUACAACAGUCCGUGCUUGAGGUGGAUGAAAGAGGAACUGAAGCAGUGGCGGGGACACUGUCAGAAAUUGUCGCUUACGCCAUGCCUCCUGUCAUCAAAGUGAACCGGCCUUUUCACUUCAUGAUCUAUGAGGAGAUGUCUAGGAUGCUCCUGUUCCUGGGCAGGGUGGUAAACCCAACAGUUCUAUGAGUCGGGUGUGUGUAAGGCCCCCAGCACCACAGGUGCUCAGCCAGAGGUGUCUGGACCACAGGACACUGAUGGUGGAUGGUAAAGAAUGUGUCCCCUGUGCACAGCCAGCUUGUUAAGGCUGUUCUCUGAUUAACACAGACAUUAAAAUGACUCAUACCUUAA